UGCGAAGUCCCGUACGAAGAACCGUACUGGGAGUGCGAGCGCAGGUCGUGCCGGGACAGCUCUCAAAAGAAACGCGAUCGCGACACUGGCCGCUACGUGAGAAAAAAAUAAAAUAAAAUGCACCGGCCCGCGACUCUCUGAGUGCACCCCUGUGUUCUGACGCGCCGUGUUUUCCUGAUAGCGCGCUAAAAUUUGUUUGAUGUCAUGAUGAGUCCCAGUCAGUUUUGUAUAUUCUGCCUGGUGAAUGCAAUAGUUCCUAUAUGGAGUGCCUUUCCACCCAGUCUCAGAUACCCACUACCCGUUGCCAUAAACCGAAUCACCGAUCUCAGUCUUAGCUGCGAUUCCCAAAGCAUUAACAUUACGGUGGAGAUGCAGCAUCCCUUCAAAGGCCUGCUCUUCGCUAAAGAUUUCGCUCAGGAGUGCAAGUCAAUCGGGGUGUUCUCAAAUACUGUGUCCAUAAGCUUGCCAACUUCCGGUUGUGGAGUGAGAUUAAAUUCGCGAAGCGACGAGAAUGGCUUCUUGGAGAUGUUCUACAGCGUGACUGUGAUUGUGCAGCAGGACCGCCACCUGCGUCAGAUAACCGACCAGGAAAGGAUAGUACAAUGUUCGGUAAAUGAUAGCGCCUUUCUAGUUAAAAGCAAACCCAUGCAGGAUGUGAUUAGAAAUGAACUCACAUCACAUGUUAAUAAUCACAGGGUUGGUCGUAUGAAGAAAUUGGAGGGUUGGUCGAAGGAAUUUGAUGACGAGCCGAUUGAACAACAACUAAAUGAAACGUUAUUGGCUGCAAGGGCCUGGAUGGAGAUUGUUCCGGAACAGGUGGAGGACAGACCUUUUGGAACAUUGCAAGUUGGGGAGACGGCCUUGCUUUCUGUAAAAUCUACACUUCCCAGUGGCAUUGGUUGGAAAGUAGUCGACUGCGUUGCCCACGAUGGCCUGGGCGAUUCAUCCCAGAAGCUUUUAGAUGAACAAGGUUGUCCAGUCGACGACGUCCUCUUACCAAUACCAACAUUGGGCCCUGUUAGACCUAUUGCCAUGAUGAGACACCAAGAGGCGGUUUCCAGGUUCUCUGCUUUUAAAUUUCCUGACCGUGACAGGUUGCACCUUUCUUGUGGACUACAACUUUGUAGAAAAGCAUGUCCGGAGGUCGACUGUAACUCCUACAGCGAUACGUUUGAGAAUCGGCUGGGAAGACAGUUGUCUAAAGGAUCGGAUGGGGAGGUCCUGGAUAGGUUGGAGGUGUUCAAUAGCGUUGAAGUGCUGGCACCUGAAAUCGACGAUUUGCGUAAAAGUGAGCGCUACCUGAACACUGAAUCCCCAACAUAUCCAUUCACGAAUCUACCUGGAGACAGGACGUUUUGCGUCUCACCAGACAAAAUGGCAAUCGCCUUCUGCAUCCUGGGCCUGAUCUUCCUCACAGCCGUAGUGAUAGCCGCAUGUGCCCUUCUAAGGGCCCGCAGGACCGGCGUGGACGUGCCGUAUUACACGAGAAGUUUGUUUUCGUCGAGCAGCGGUGGUGGAGGUUCGGCUUUCGGGAGCAAGCUGUUGCUGCAUGAAAGUCCAUGUAUGGGACAAUCAGCUUCGAACAGAGGGUUGCAGUACGGAAGGAUCCUCUGAAGACUGAAUCGCCGAAUCUAGCAUCCAGCGGAUGUUUAUUUAGAUAGAGAAUACGCGGUGUUGCACGACGAAUAUAAUUAAGAAAUUCAUUUUUGUUUAAGUUUUGCAAGACGUAGCAAAUUUCCAAAUUCAAUUGGGCACUCACCAAACAUGCACUUUUUAAUAAUUUUUAAUUGUGGAACACCUCGUAUUAUUUAAUGUCAGACUACUCCGUAUUUCUUCUUUUAUUACAAGUGUAAAGAAAUAUGGAAUACUCUUUUUAAUUUAGCAUUUUAUGUUUUUUUUUUAAAUUUUAAUAUAAUUUUUAAUUGACUGUACAUAUUUUUUAAAUUGGUGUGGUGGAUAGGUUUUAUAAUAAAUUGAAGAGGUUUCUUAGUAUUAUGAGUAAUAUCAUCUUUAUAUUAAGAAGUUUCUUUGAUUGUAGCUAA